AGAAAGCUCUAAAAGGUCUGUCGCUUCCCUCAAUUGCGCAGCAUCGCCAUUCAACUCUCGUCCAAUUCCACCUCACCAGCAAUGGCUCGCAAAGCUGCACAGAAAGUCACCAAGGCCAGCCCACUUGAGGGUUGCGCCGUCGCUACAUCUGGCCGUUUCCCGGGGACCACUCAAAGCGCGCUUCAAGCACGCGUCACGUCUCUCGGUGCGACUGUCGCGUCUUCCGUCACGGCCGACACCAGCUUUCUCAUCGCUACUGAGAAGGAUUUUGAGAGCAAUUCAACCAAGGUCAAAGCUGCCACUGCUCACGGUGUUCCUGUUGUGACAUUGGAAUGGCUUGAGGAGUGCGAGUCUUCAAAUACAAAAGCAGAUGAGGCACAAUAUCUGCUUAGUUCUGCUGCUCCUGCUCCUGCUUCUGCUCCAGCUCCAGCUCCCGCCCCAGCCCCAGCCCCAGCUAAAAAGCAGAAUGGCACCAAGAAGCGCGCGGCCUCGCCUGAUGCCUCGCCAGUACAGGACACAGCCCAGCCCAAGAAGCCCAAGAUCGCUGAGUCUUCCAAAAUUGGUGAUGGCCAGAACGCAAAGUCUCGCAACAUCAUGGUCGCGAUAGAUGAAUAUUGCCCACUGGGCAGCUACCAGGUCUACAUUGACGACAACAAUGCCAUCUGGGACGCGUCACUAAAUCAAACAAACUCAUCUGCCAACAACAACAAGUUCUACAAGGUUCAGCUCCUCGUUGAUCCGUCUGGCAAGAACUUUAAGACAUGGACUCGAUGGGGUAGAGUAGGCGAGCGCGGUCAGAGCGCUGCACUCGGGACUGGUUCUCUCUCGGACGCUAUGAAAAACUUCGAGAAAAAAUUCAAGGACAAGUCCGGUCUCAGGUGGGACGACCGCGGCGAAGAACCAAAGCCUGGCAAAUACGCCUACGUCGAGAGAUCCUACAACCCCGAUAGUGACGAAGAGUCGGAUGCCGAAGAUGGCGCAGUUGGUGAAACAGAGAGUGAAGAGAAGCGCAAAGCCGCUCAGUGCACCCUGGAUCGCCCGACCCAAAGUCUCAUGGAGCUCAUUUUCAACCAGAAGUUUUUCGACGCAACCAUGAGUGACCUCAAAUACGACGCAAACAAGCUCCCCCUCGGAAAGCUCAGCAAGGGUACUAUCUCGCGUGGAUUCCAGGCCCUCAAGGAUCUUGCAGCUGCAUUAGACGAUCCAGUCGGGUCGUCCAGUGGUGAAAUAGGCCGCCUCUCCGACUUGUACCACUCUGUCAUUCCCCAUGCGUUUGGGCGUGACCGGCCACCCGUCAUUUCAGACAACGAUCACCUUAAGAGGGAAAUCGAGCUACUGGAAAGUUUGUCGGACAUGAAAGAGGCUGCGGCCAUGCUCAAGAGCUCACUUAAGGAUGAUGGCGGCAUUCAUCGUCUUGAUCGCCAAUUUCAGGGCCUCGGUAUGGAUGAGAUGGAGCCCCUCAACCCACAAGGUCAAGAGUUCGCUGAACUCGCUGCAUACCUCAACGACUCAAAGGGUGCUACCCACUACCUCAACUACUCCGUUGAAGAUAUUUUCCGCAUUCAGCGCAAGGGUGAGUUUGAGCGAUUCGACAAGAGCCCAUAUGCGAAGAUCACGAGCAACCGUCGUCUUCUCUGGCACGGUUCUCGUGUGACCAACUUCGCUGGUAUUCUUAGCCAAGGUCUCCGCAUCGCGCCGCCUGAAGCUCCUGUUUCCGGAUACAUGUUCGGCAAGGGUAUCUAUCUUGCAGACAUGUCAUCCAAAUCUGCCAAUUACUGCUGCAGCGGUGGUUCCGGCGGCACUGCCCUGCUACUUCUUUGCGAGGCCGAGCUGGGCGAUCCCAUGUGGGAACUUACAGACUCUUCCUAUAGUGCAGGUGAAGAUGCGAAGGCCAAUGGGGCAUACAGCACGUGGGGCAAAGGUCAGACUGGACCCAGCAGAUGGAAGGAUGCGAGCUGUGUCAAUCCAGCACUCGCCGGUUGCAUGAUGCCUGAUGUCACGGUCAAACCCGGCCCGACAAAUGUUAAAGGCGCAUAUCUUCAGUACAACGAAUUCAUCACCUACGAUGUGGCCCAAGUGCGACUUCGUUACCUCCUCCGCGUGCGCAUGUGAGCGGGCAGCACUUCUGCUUCACGAUUCACCGUCCUCGGACCGUCUGUUCUCAAUCUCGGAAUUUACAGGCGUUCACGUUGUGCAUUGUGGAAGGACUUCUAUCUUCGGCGUAAUGAUUUUCUGUAUGACGGUGUUAUAUCUAUGGAGUAUCUUAUGGGGGAUGUUUGAUGAGGUCAAAAGUGGUAUCCAUCUUAGUCUAGAUUUCGCACACCGUUUACGAAAUGUUACCUGAAACAUGGAUCUAUCAACUCUUGUAGCUUCGUAUCAAAAAUAAUGUACUCAGGUCGCCAU